GAUGGUGAAGCAUUGUUUGGUUUGGCUGAUACUCAAAACAAUUGGUAAACAGUCGGUUUUGAUCACUGCUACAGAGCAGUUGAAAAAGUUAUUUUGAUGGAAGUUUUUUUUUGUUCGUUCGUUCGUUUCAUUUAUUCACCAUGAGCGCAUGUAGUUGCACGUAGAGUUGCGCCCAAGAGUUAUUCGAAAUCGUAUCGCGUGUGUUAACGAUUAUUUCAUUCAAUUUCCUAUAUUACGGCAGAAAAACGUUCGUGAGCACGCCUGUUUGCGAUUGUGUGUUUGUGCACUUUUUCCAUUUCUUUUUUUUUGGUUUUGAGUUUGGUUGAAUCUUUUUUUUUUCAAUUUUUAUAUUUCACGUCGUAAAAUUUAAGCCUAUCCAAUGUUGGAAUUUCUCUAUUUAAUGAACGCAAUAAAAUAAUUUCAUUGGAAAUAUCGCGCGAAAGUGAAUGAAUAUCAAUUUGUUGUUGAAUGACAUCUACUUUGUGUCUGGAGUGGAUAUCGUGGUGUAGAUGGUUAAUUAAAAUGCAAUGAGCUCAUCUAUCGACAUGAGGAUAAAUUCAAAGAGCUAAUCAGUGAUUAGACGUGUUUGCAUUUCGGUUUGCUCGAUUGUAGUUAUUUUCAUUGGAUAUUGCGAUUCAAGAGUGCCGCAUUUCAAAUCAAGUGAAUUGAACAAAUAUUUACAUUGUAUUUGUGUGUAUGUGUUUGUGCUACAGCGAUUGACUACUGUUUGGCUAUUUGCAUUGAAUGCAUUGACGGCAGAAAAAAAACACAGAAACAAGAGUGGCUUUUAACAAUCCGGAGAUUGAUCGAUCGAAUGCGCACAGUGUUUAUUGAAUAAAAAAAAAGUGGGACGUAACAUAACAAGUCAACUGUUGUUCAACACCAUAGAAAAAAUAAUAGAAACACAACUUGAUCGCUAUAAUCGAUCAUUGAUUCGGUUCAAAUUCGAUAAAUGUCCGCUUGAAGUAGUUUGAAGUGAAACGGUAAUUGUUCAAUAUCAAUUAUAAUAUUGCACGUAGCAAAAAAAACGAUUAUCGAAUUAAUGAAAACUAAUGAAAGUGAAGAGCGUCUGCGUGAAAACCAACAGUAAAUUACAUUGGCAUAAUCGGUGACAGAAAGACCAUGCACAAAAACACAUGAACGUGCAACAAUUUCGCGAAAGAAAGCGAUAAUGCAUGGCAAUCGAAAAGAAAAGGAAAAUCGAUAGAAGUGAAGACAUUAUUUUUGACGUAUUUUUGCGGUGAAGACACAGAUUGAUACGUGUUAAUCGGCCAACUAGGAAUAAUUUAUUGACAGUUUUAAUUUCCGUGACAUAAAGAUGGUGAUUCAUUUUUUGGCUUCGGCCAGCGCUAGCGCUGCUAAAGCCGCCAUUCCAGCUGUGGCUGGGGCUGCUUCGUCGGUGGCCACAUCGGCUGUGAAAUCAGCUGUGAAAUCGGUCGCUUCGACUGUGGUCUCAGGCGCGGCAAAAGCCGUUGUUUCGGGAGUUGCAACAAAGGUGGUUCCUGCUGUUGUGGGAACAGCGGGGAAGGUUGUUGCAGCGAAAGCCGCUGCAGUUACCGGAAUAGGCACCACAUUAUUAAAAGCAACGCCAAUAAUUGGGCCGGUUGUAGUUGGUGCCGGCAAACUCACAGCAACCAUUGCACUUGCGAUGAAAGCAGCCACCGCCAUCAUAGGAGUUGGAAAGAUUUCCAUUUUGCCUGUUCUGAUCGCUUCGCUCGUUUAUUACAAUUAUGACUUUUUCGAUCCCGAAAAUCGUCCAUUCAAUGUAAAACAAAUCGAUCCCGAGUACGACUUCAUUAUAGUAGGAGGAGGGUCAGCGGGUUCGGUGCUGGCAAAUCGAUUAAGUGAGAUCAGUAGUUGGAAAGUGUUACUGCUUGAGGCGGGCGGACAUGAAACUGAGAUAUCUGACGUGCCAAUUUUAUCGCUCUACUUGCACAAGAGUAAAUUGGAUUGGAAGUAUAGAUCACAGCCACAGCCGACAGCGUGCCAAGCGAUGCAAGAUAAUCGCUGCUGUUGGACACGCGGCAAGGUGCUAGGUGGAUCGAGCGUUUUGAACACAAUGCUGUAUAUUCGGGGCAACAAACGAGAUUUCGAUCAAUGGGAAUCGUUUGGCAAUCCAGGCUGGGGAUAUGAAGAUAUUUUACCAUAUUUUCGCAAAUCCGAAGAUCAACGCAAUCCAUACCUGGCACGGAAUAAACGUCAACAUGGAACUGGUGGACCGCUCACAGUCCAAGACGCUCCUUACAAUACGCCAAUCGGUAUUGGAUUUUUGCAAGCUGCCCAGGAAUUUGGCUACGAUAUGGUGGAUGUGAAUGGUGAACAGCAAACUGGAUUCGCAUUUUAUCAGUUCAAUAUGCGUCGAGGAUCGAGAUGCAGUGCAGCGAAAGCCUUCUUACGCCCGGUUCGACUGCGAAAGAAUUUGCACGUUGCACUUUUUUCGCAUGCAACACGGGUGCUAGUUGAUCCCGUAACAAAGCGAGCCUAUGGAGUUGAGUUCAUCAGAGACGGUAUCAAACGUGCCGUUUACGCUAAACGAGAAGUGAUUUUAACGUCUGGUGCGAUUGGAUCACCGCAUAUUUUACUCAAUUCCGGAAUUGGACCUCGAAGAGAUCUCGAAUCAGUCGGCGUACGAGUAGUUCAUGAUCUCGAAGGAGUCGGUCGCAAUUUACAAGAUCACAUUGCAAUCGGUGGCUUGGGUUGGACAAUUGAAAAACCCGUUGGCAUUAAAACGAAUCGUCUCAUCAAUUUGAAUGCGGCACUUCGCUACGCAAUCACCGAAAAUGGCCCGUUGACGAGCAGCAUCGGAUUGGAAACGGUUGGUUUUCUCAAUACGAAAUAUGCAAAUCAAUCGGACGACUGGCCCGAUAUGAACUUUAUGAUGACAAGUGCCUCAUUAUUUGCCGAUCAACAAGCGAAAAUUGCCCACGGUCUGAAGAAAGAAUAUUUCAACUACGUUUUUGGUGAUUUGGUUACUCAAGACACAUUCAGUAUUUUGCCGAUGAUUUUGCGACCGAAAAGCCGUGGCUUCAUAAAAUUACACUCGAGAAAUCCACUUCGGUAUCCGUUGUUGUAUCACAAUUACUUGACACACCCAGACGAUGUUAAUGUAAUGCGUGAAGGUGUUAAACUGGCCGUUGCGUUCGGUGAAACGGAUUCAUUGAAAAAAUUAUUCGGCGCCAAAUUCCAUCAUCGUCAAGUGCCAAACUGUCGACAUUUGCCGAUGUUCACCGACGAAUACUGGGAAUGCUUCAUUCGACAAUACACAAUGACAAUUUACCAUAUGUCGGGCACAACGAAAAUGGGACCAGCUUCAGAUCACGAAGCGGUUGUUGACGCUCAACUACGUGUCUACGGUAUUAAGGGGCUUCGUGUGAUCGACGCUUCAGUCAUGCCAACGAUAACAAAUGGCAAUAUCUAUGCUCCGGUGAUAAUGAUCGCAGAAAAGGGCGCGGAUAUGGUUAAAGCUCUUUGGCUACGUGACGAAAUAUUCCGUUAUCGACGAUACGACAAUGUCCAAAGACUGAAGCCGCUUGGAAAUCAAACAGAAUCAACGAGUUUUGGAUAAAUGCAUAUAAAUUUGAAUUAGAUAGCAGCUUUUAUUUAUUACCAUUAUGUAUUCCGAUUGAGAUGGUCUGACCGCUUAUUUGAUUCUUUUUCUAUUUUUUACUACGAAGCCAAACCCUACUUGAAUGCGCGCGUGUGUGUGUGUGUGUGUGUGUGUGUGUGUCAGACCAGAAAAUGAAUGGAGCUUACUAAUUGAAUGUGAAAUAAAGAUAGUUUAAUUUAUUUAUUUCAAGACUAGAAUCAUUAAACGGAAAAAGAAUUUUCAGCAUUUAAAUAGAAAAUAAGACAAUUCAAACAAAAAAUUUAUCAAAAUAAAUUGGUGUAAUUAUUAAGUGUUUUUUUCUCGUCAUUUUCUGUGUGUGUCUCUCUCAGUCUCAGUGUGGGCAUGUAGACGCUCUUCUUCGUGUUAUUUUUUUUAUGUAAUUCUCUCUAUGUUUUGUUUAUUUAAUGGGCAACAAAUUGGUACAGCACAAACAAUGGCAACAUGGUGCGAAGGCAAUGUGGCAAUAGCUAAUAACAAUCAAAUGAGCGCUUGUAUCGACCGGAAUGCUAUGGUUCGUAUUCAAUGUAUGAAAUCGCAUACAACGAAGCAGGUGUACAAAUCGAUUCGCACGUAGGAUUUAAAUGGAUUGGUCGCACAAAUCUCGUAGCUGCAUGACUUUAGCGUUUGUACUCGAAGCUUUGCACUCAGUCAAAGAGAAAAAAGCACACGUGAUUUCUUUGUUUGGUCAAGAGUUUUUGAGAUUUAAUGUUUGGCAUACCAACUGCGGCAAUGUUUAUUUGUUCAUUAUGGCCACGUUUCGAGCAUCAAUAGAGUUACUCGUUUGAACUCUAAUUUAUGACUGACCAAAUUACCACCUCGCUUCCAGUUUUUAUAGAUUUUUAGCCGAUUUCAUGUAUCG